AAUUCUAAAUAUGCAGUUGUUUUCCGAAUUUUCGGCUAGUCAGAGAGUAACGGCACGGCCGAACCGAAUGCGAAACCUAGAUUUUUAAGCAAAAUGGUGGCGGCAAAUUACGAAAACGAAUCGUUGGGGGAAAAAAACCUUGACGCAGAAACUUUCGAAAAGGGAAUCGUCUACAGGCCGACAACAAGAAAUGAUGGUUACUUAAGUCCAGAAAAGGAGGCUGUCCCUCGUGACCCCUGGUUUCUAUAUUUUACAGCGUUUCUUGCAAAUUUGAUAUCAUUCGUCGCUGGUAUAGGACUGUCCUGGACUUCGCCGGUAUUUCCAAAACUGGAAUCUCCUCAAACCCCUUUAAACUCCCGAAUUGAAAUUUUGCAAAAGAGCUGGAUCAUGGCUCUACUGAACAUCGGAGAGAUUAUCGGGCCGUUCAUUUUCGGUUAUUUGGCUGACAAAAUCGGACGAAAGAUUACGUUGAUUGUAAUUUCGAUACCUAUGGGUAUUGGACUGAUCAUCUUGGCAUUCGCAACCGAUGUUAGAUUGUACUACGCAGCAAGAUUGCUCCAUGGCAUUGGUAUAGGAGGCUGCUUCUCGGUCGUCACCAUGUACCUGGCGGAAAUUAGCGAGCAACACAAUCGGGGCAAAUUAAGCUGCGCCUACAGCCUUUUCCUUUCGUUCGGAGUCCUUUAUCCUUACGCCAUCGGACCGUUUCUAAACGUCAAAGUGUUUUCGCUGAGCUGCGUCGCUCCGCUCCUGCUGUUUCUCGCUUUGUCUCCCAUAUUCGUUCCAGACUCUCCGUUAUAUUUAAUUAGAAAUGGAGAUUUAUCGGAGGCGGAGAACGUACUAAUAAAGCUAAGAGACAAUUCGGACGUCCGCAAGGAACUUUCGGAGAUUCGUCAAUUCGUCGCGGGUAACAAGGACGAGAACACUGGCUAUAUCCAUCUUUUGGCUGCCAAAGACCUCAGAAGAGCGCUACUGGUGGGGGUGGGAUUGGUGGUUGUUACUCAGCUGACCGGAAUAUCCGCACUGGUCGGUUUCCUUCAUAGCAUUCUAGAUAGUGCGGGCAGCACCAUACCUUCCAAAUAUGCUAGCAUAUUGGUUGGCAGUGUCAAGUUCCUCACAGUUUUUGUGACAUCGGCAAUCAUCGAACGUCUGGGGCGGAGAUUCCUGCUUAUGAUGUCGUGCGUAGGGAUGAUAAUUGCACUCGUAACAAUGGGACUCUUUUUCUCGCUCCACGCCGGUAACGAUUCCGGUGACGUGACCGUAUACUUUUGGUGGUUACCUACGACUUGCUUGUUGCUAUACUUCAUCAGCUUUAAUUUGGGCGUGGGUCCGGUUUCUCUUACAGUUAUGAGUGAGAUUUUUCCAUCUAACGUCAGAUCGACGGCGUCUGCGCUGGCAACCACGCUCAGCUUCGUGGCAGCUUGCGCCAUUACCUUUAUGUUCCCCAUAAUAAGCGCGUAUUUAAGCAUGGCUUCCACGUUUUGUAUUUUCAGCGGAUUCUGUAUGGUCGGCUUGGUAUUCGUCUAUUUUAUUGUUCCCGAAACUAGGGGAAAAACUUUAGCGGAAAUCCAGGAGCUUUUAGCUAGGUAGAUGUGUUUGUUAUUUCAUAAUUUCAAGAAAAAUACUCUCACACCUUCAUGCAAUUUUUUUGCAGUAAAUAGAAAGUAAUCAAGGAGGGUCAAAAACGCGAUGACUUCCUUUUAAUGACCGAUCCAGUAAAAAUCAAAAAUUUAAUUUUGAAAUGAAGAAGUAAGCAGCUAGUACCAGUAAAUUGAAUUGUUUAAAUUUCUUCCGAUAAAAAAAAUUUUAGUAUAGUAUUUUUUUUAGAAUUUAAAUUUUUACUUUUAAUCGAAUAUGUGGAGAACUCAAGAAAAAGUCUAUAAUUCAUUUAACUCGAGAUUACAAGAUUGGCAGUGAGUAAAAUUUAUAAAAACAAGUCAUGUCAAAUGAAAAUGCCAAAUGUUAACUUUGACAAUAUGCUAAUUGGCUUAAAAACACUUCCAAAACAUCACGGAUGAUAUUUUCAUGAAUUUGCCUUAUUUCGUAUCUAAUUCAUGAUUUUGAACCAUCUAAAUUUUGUCUUUUAUCCUGAUACACUUUUGAAGUGUAGAGUGUAGUAAUAUCUGGAGAUUUUGCAGGAUAUUCUAUUGAUCCCAUUCUCCCAAUCCAAUGUUAACAUAAUUAUUUGAAAUUAUUUCAAAAAAGGCACGAUGGAGAUUAUCCUUACCUUAUAAUAAAAUGUUUAUGUUCUCGUUAGAUUUUGGAUGACCCGGCCGUCGACCUCCCUGUUUCUAUCAAUUUUCUUUCAGUUUUUCAGUAUAGGGUUUUGACAACCUGUAUAUUUUCUGUUUGAGGCAAGAAAUGCGCAAGAAUAAAUUAUGAUGGAUGAAGUGAGAAAAGAUAUUCAAUACGAGUCUGCAUAAGUUUUUCAAAUCACGGCGAAUGAAAUAUCGUAAAUAUCGCUGUUUAUUUGUUUAUUCCUAUAUUAUCUAAAAGCAAAAUGGAUGAUCUGCGUUGUAAAGACUGAAACGAAUUUUAAAUUGUAGAUAAACAUGUAAAUAUCGUAAAAAUGUAAUAAAGUCCCCAAA